UUCAUAUCUGUCCCGUGAGAGAACUAGUGAGACCACCUUCAUCUUCGUGCGCAUUUUAAAAGCGUGCACCCAUGUACGCUCUCGUGCACUCGUGUACAUGUCAGCUUGAGCUAUGGCUCUGUUCUUUUUGUUGUAACUGUAUUUACUGAUACUCUCAUCACUCAUGAAUAUUUCUGAGAGUAGUGCGGGUCUCGGCACAGUGCUGCCUCUUACUAGUUUCGAGAACGUGCUUUUGUUUCUCUUCAAUGUAAUUCUCGCCACCUCCAUUAUUUUUAUCAACGUGUCCGUGUUUAUCGCCAUCGUGAUGAACAGAUCCCUGCGCAGCGAGAACCGCUUCAUGUACAUGCUCAGCACGUGUCUCAGUGACAUCUGCACGGGCGUCUCGUAUUAUUAUGCUGGAGUUAUGGAUGUACGCGAUUAUUAUGACUCCCCGACUCGCACUUUCUACAUCGUUCCCACUUUUCUGGGUCUGUCCUAUAUGGCGAUUCUGGCCGCACAAGCGGACCGCUACCACGCAGUCUCAGCGCCUUUCAAAUACUCGCAGCGCAUGACGCGAAACGGAACCCUUCUGGUGAUUCUGGCCUACUGGGUUUAUGCUUUUCUGAUAGUGGCUGUUAAUAAUUUGGUUACUUUGGGGGUUGCUAAAAGAGUUACGAGCUUUGGCACUUUUGUGGCGAACAUUUUCACCUUCAUUAUCAUGAUUGGGUUGAACCUCAGACUGUUCUUCAUCGCUAAAUUUCAGCUAGGACGCGAACCGCCGAGCGAGGAACGCGACAACAAGCGCGCGUCCAUUUAUCUCAUCAUAAUAGUAGCCGUGUGUUUUCUGAUCGCGUGGUUACCUCUUUUUCUUCAUGUUAUUGUGUGUAAUUUCGCGGGGUCUACGUGCUAUACGUUCAGAAAUGAGGGUUCAGACCCCCUGCGCAUUUUGCCACGGGUGAAUGCAGUUCUGACCCCUUUAUUGUAUAUCAGAGGCUGUUCAGCACUAUGGAGCACACUACUAAGUAAAGUCUGGAGACCCGCGUGCUGCAAGAGGAAAGGUGUGAACCCUCUGUCCAUGGAGAAGAAUGGAGCUGUCGUUUUCAAGAUGUGAUUUCACAAGCCAAGGCAGUAAAGGAAAAGAGUUUAAAAGAUCAAGUGCCAUUCUUGAUGUUUUCUGGUUUCUGAAAUAACAAUACAGUCACAUUUAUAUCACAAGAUAUUUCAGAUAUUAAAGGCUUAUAUCACAGAUAAGCCUGGCAGGGACGUGGGUGGCAGGCCUUCAAAUUGCCAAUAUUCUUUGAGAGAGAUAUUUUUAUGCCUCCUUCCGCAUUCAACAUUAAUAUGCAAUAUUCUACAUGAAAUGGAAAUAAAAAAUGAAUUUACAUGCGUCUUUGAUAGAUUUAAUUGUCUGAGAAAUGGAACUCUUGCUGCUAUCAGAAUAAUUUAUUAAUAAAUUCCACAUGGCAUUGUGA